AUGGGAUCAAUGCUGUCUCCAGAGUGUGCAAAUCUCCAUGUGCAAAUCGGCUUUGGAGGUCCUCAAGUCCAGGUGUGGGACACAGCAGGUCAAGAGAGGUUCCGGAAGAGCAUGGUGGAGCAUUACUACCGCAACGUCCACGCUGUGGUGUUUGUCUAUGAUGUCACAAAAAUGGCGUCCUUCCUCAACCUGAAAAACUGGAUUGAGGAGUGCAACGGCCACGCGGUCCCAGCUCUCGUCCCCAAAGUGCUUGUGGGAAACAAGUGUGACUUGCGGGAUCAAAUCCAAGUCCCGUCCAGUAUGGCCCUGAAAUUUGCCGAUGCCCACAAUAUGCUUUUGUUUGAAACCUCCGCGAAGGACCCCAAAGAGAGUCAGAACGUGGAGUCUAUUUUCAUGUGUCUGGCCUGCCGGUUGAAGGCUCACAAGUCUCUGCUCUAUCGGGACAUGGAGAGGCAGCAAGGGAAGGGACAGAAAAUAGAGCUGGCACCGGCCUCUGGCAAUAGGAAUUCCUGUCCUUGCUGAAGGACAGUCUUGACCGUUGAACCGGGAGGGCUGGGCAGGUGGUUUUGUGUGCCUCAAUAAACUGAAUCAACGUUGCUCGUUUCUAGUGAAUUCCAUGUUAAAUUAAUAAACAUUUGUAUGGCUCACA